AGUUGCUUUUCGAAGUGAGCUCAGUGUUAAAUUCACAGCGGAGUUGGCCAGCAGCAGAUCAAGAGCAACCAGUUACCACGUCAAAGUCAAAGACACAACUCACAACUCAACUCAACUGAAAGACAAGACGGAACAAGUCCAGUGAUCAAUACAAGUAACAUAUAAAAAGAAACUUUCAACGAAAUAAAAGUAUUGACAGAGCUGUAAAAUGUGUGGAAUUUUCGCAUACUUAAAUUACCUGACGCCAAAGUCGCGCCAGGAGGUCCUAGAUCUGCUGGUGACGGGAUUGAAGCGACUGGAGUACCGUGGCUAUGACUCCACUGGAGUGGCCAUCGAUUCAGCAGACAGCAAGAGCAUUGUGAUGGUUAAGAGGACUGGCAAGGUCAAGGUCCUGGAAGAUGCAAUUCAAGAGCACUUCAGUGGGGAGGAUUACAGUGAACCCGUGCUGACCCACGUGGGCAUUGCACACACACGUUGGGCCACCCACGGUGUGCCCUGUGAGAUGAACUCUCAUCCACAGCGCUCAGACGAGGGCAACGGCUUCGUUGUGGUGCACAAUGGCAUCAUUACCAACUACAAUGACGUCAAAACUUUCCUGGCCAAAAAGGGCUACGAGUUCGAGUCGGACACGGACACGGAAGUCUUUGCCAAGCUGGUCCACCAUUUGUGGAAGAAGCAUCCCAACAUUUCAUUCCGCGAACUGGUCGAACAGGCCAUUCAGCAAGUGGAGGGAGCAUUUGCCAUUGCCGUCAAGUCGAAGCAUUUUCCGGGCGAGUGCGUCGCAGCCCGCCGGAGUUCCCCCCUCCUGGUGGCAAUCAAGACAAAGACCCGUUUGGCCACAGAUCACAUUCCCAUUCUCUAUGGCAAGGAUGACAAGAAGCUGAGCUCCGAUCAAGAUACCGAUUCUGGCAAGCCCCAAGAAUUACGUCCACAUGGACAAACUCGUGAAUUGCCAGUGUUGCCCCGUUCGGAUAGCACCUCGGAGUUUAUGCCCCUGGAUCAGAAGGAAGUGGAGUAUUUCUUUGCCUCGGACGCCUCUGCUGUCAUCGAGCACACAAAUCGCGUCAUCUACUUGGAGGAUGACGAUGUGGCAGCUGUGAGAGAUGGCACUCUGAGCAUCCAUCGUCUGAAGAAGAGCCUGGACGAUCCACAUGCCCGUGAGAUCACCACAUUGAAGAUGGAGAUUCAGCAGAUCAUGAAGGGCAACUACGAUUACUUCAUGCAGAAGGAGAUCUUCGAGCAACCCGAAUCUGUGGUCAACACGAUGCGUGGACGCGUUCGCUUCGAUGGCAACAGCAUCGUCCUGGGCGGCAUUAAGGAUUACAUUCCGGAGAUCAAGCGUUGUCGUCGCCUGAUGCUGAUUGGAUGCGGCACUUCGUAUCACAGUGCUGUUGCCACACGGCAGCUGCUCGAGGAACUGACAGAGCUGCCCGUCAUGGUGGAACUGGCCUCCGAUUUCCUCGACCGCAACACGCCCAUUUUCCGUGACGAUGUCUGCUUCUUCAUCUCGCAGUCGGGCGAAACCGCCGACACUUUGAUGGCCCUGCGUUACUGCAAACAGCGUGGAGCUCUCAUCGUGGGCAUCACCAACACCGUGGGCAGCAGCAUCUGCCGUGAGUCGCACUGUGGAGUCCACAUCAAUGCCGGUCCUGAGAUCGGUGUGGCAUCCACCAAGGCGUACACCUCACAGUUCAUUUCGUUGGUCAUGUUUGCCCUGGUCAUGUCUGAGGAUCGUCUGUCGCUGCAGCAACGUCGCCUGGAGAUCCUGCAGGCUCUCUCCAACCUGGCUGAUCAGAUCCGUGAAGUGCUCAAGCUCGACUCCAAGGUGCAGGAGCUGGCCAAGGAUUUAUAUCAGCACAAGUCGCUCUUGAUCAUGGGACGUGGCUACAACUUUGCCACUUGCCUGGAAGGUGCUCUGAAAGUGAAGGAGUUGACCUACAUGCACAGCGAGGGCAUCAUGGCUGGAGAGUUGAAGCACGGUCCUCUGGCUCUGGUGGAUGACUCGAUGCCCGUGCUGAUGAUCGUGCUCCGUGAUCCCGUCUAUGUCAAGUGCAUGAAUGCCCUGCAACAGGUGACAUCUCGCAAGGGUUGUCCCAUCAUCAUCUGCGAAGAGGGCGAUGAGGAGACGAAGGCCUUCUCCUCCCGCAGCCUUGAGAUUCCCCGCACCGUCGACUGCCUGCAAGGCAUCCUGACUGUCAUUCCCAUGCAGCUCCUCUCCUACCACAUUGCCGUGCUCCGAGGCUGCGACGUCGACUGUCCGCGUAACUUGGCCAAGUCCGUGACUGUGGAGUAAUCUCUUUGUGGAGUAAUCUCUAAUCCAUGAUAAUCUCUAUAUCCACACGCACACGCACACACACACACUCACACACAUGCACAUGCACAUGAUUUUAUAAUUACCCUUUCAUGCAUCAAGAUCCAAUCUACUUAAUACAAUUAAAUUGAAAUUGUUUUGUUAAAUGCA